AAUAAAGGGUCUUCGCCAUCAACAAACAGGAGAGUCCGCUUUCAUUUCAAAAAUUGUUGAAGAAAUUCGCAGGGAGAUCAAAUCAACAGACUUGCAUACUAAAUCGGUUUAAUUCUCGAAAAGUGGUAUUCUCUGAUAAUUACAUCUCUUGAGUCUUGAUAGUUGAUAGGAUCUUGCUCCUUCCUCAACAUUCUGAAAAGGCAUCUUGGAAUCGAUUUCUUUUAUUCGGUCAUAAAUUUGGAUUGUGGAGCUUAAAUCAUUGACUCAUUCUAAUGCUAACCCUUAUGGUUACCAAGCACAAUAAUUGUAUUACUUUUGUUAGUGUAUAUCCCAUCAUACAUUUUACUUAUUUUCCUCUCAAUCUUAAAUAAGGUGCUUGAAGCUUUCAAUGGGUCACAUUACAAAAUCAAUAUUGGUCAGCAGUAACUGGAUAGAUGGAUUUUCAGAAAAAAAAAAAAAAAGGUGUUUUCAAAUUGGUAGUGGUUUUGUGCAGGUCAAAAUGAAACUCUUCUAUAAAUGUUGGAUUUUAACUGUUCUUUAAAUCUUUGUUUAGAUUAAUGACUAUUUUACAUUCUAUACUUUUUAGUUCAUUUUAAAGAAGUCUCCGAAAUUCAUGUCUGCCUUUUCUAAUUUUUAGUUCUUAUUCCUCGAGAUAGGGUGGAUUUUAUAAUAAAGGUCAAAAGAGACACCCAAACGAAAAAAAAAAUGAAAAAAUACAAUUAGUCCUGUUUUAGUGGUCAAGUAAAAGAAACCUAACCGUGUUUUAGGGUUCAAGUCUUUAAAUUUGACAUAAAACAAGAAAGGGAGGGGCACUUUCCUUCUCAAGAAUGAAGGACUUAUUCAGGCCCCAAUAACAUGGUAAACAGAACAGUUAGUAUGAACUCUCCCAAUCAGAUUAAAUUAAUAAUCUGUUAUGAUCAUAAAGGAAUGAGUGGAGAAGUGAGUUCCAAGGGUCAAUACCUGUAUCCCCAAGUCUCCUGACUGACCCUUAGCCCUAGUUUGGCUUCCCUCUUAUUUUCUGGAAGUUUGACUUUAGGGGGUAUCCCUUGAGUAUACAACUUGUAAUUGUCUAAAGUUCAUUGAAAUUUCUUUGGGUGUAACUUUCAGAAAACACAUGCAUCCUUUCUUAACUUUCGUUUCAAGGGUUUGUGCCCCAGCAGCAGCCUCUCUAUAGCCCUCUCCAUUUCUGUGCACAGCUCUCUCCCUCUCUGUGUGAGCAGAAAGAAAUGGGGAAUGAGAAACAGCUUUCGCCAUCCUCUGCCAAGCAUAUAACUUCCCUUUUCAAAUUAAGCUAUAUCCUUAAUUUUCUCUUCUUUGUUAUUGGUUUCUCUUUUGGUGUCACCCUUACCCUGUAUUCCAAAAGCAACUCGUUCUAUUUACCUAUUACCAUAUUCUCUCCUCCUCCACCACCACCACCAUCACCACCAAUUUUGAUACAACAAAUACCCCCGCCAUUACUACUAAAACCAUCACCACCACCACAACCCCCGCCACCUCCCACUUUACCUGAUGCUAGUAGCUUCACACCACCUCUUGCGCACAACAUGGAGGAUGAUGUUGAGCUGUUACACCGAGCAGCCAUGGUUCCACAUGAUCAUGUACCUAAAGUAGCUUUCAUGUUCUUGACGAAGGGACCAUUGCCUUUGGCUGCUUUAUGGGAGAAGUUCUUCAAAGGACAUGAAGGGCUUUAUACUAUAUAUGUACAUUCUCAUCCUUCGUUCAAUGAUACAGUGCCUCAGGAUUCUGUUUUCCAUGGUAGAAGAGUGCCAAGCAAGCCUGUGGAAUGGGGAAAACCAUCAAUGAUUGACGCAGAGAGGCGACUAUUAGCCAAUGCUCUACUCGACUUCUCUAAUGAGAGAUUUGUAUUGCUUUCGGAGAGCUGCAUUCCUUUAUUCAACUUCACAACAAUCUACAACUACCUACUAAAUACCAACCAAAGUUUUAUAGAUUCAUUUGACGAUCCAAGGAAGAUAGGCCGAGGCCGAUACAAUCCCAAAAUGUCACCUACAAUCAACAUAUCCGAUUGGCGUAAAGGGUCACAAUGGUUUGAGGUUAAUCGCAAGCUUGCUAUCAAAAUUGUAUCAGACACCAAAUAUUACCCUAUUUUUAGUGAGCAUUGUAGCCCUCCAUGUUACAUGGAUGAACACUAUAUUCCUACACUUGUUAAUGUGAUUUGUCCUGAAGAGAAUGCGAACAGGGGGAUUACUUGGGUUGAUUGGUCAAAGAGCGGUCCGCAUCCUGGAAAAUUUGUGAAGCAAGAUGUUUCUGUUGAGUUUUUGGAUCAAAUUAGGUUUGGUCAUAAUUGUAGUUACAAUGGCAUUGCUAGCUCAAUUUGUUUUCUUUUUGCUAGGAAGUUUUUGCCAAAUACUUUGCAACCCUUGUUGCAUAUUGCACCGGAGUUGCUUUACUUUUCAAACCCUUUAAGUUCUUCUCUGAAAAUGUAAUGUACAUGUAGAUUUUGGUAUCUCUUUUUGCUAUUCUUGGCUACUUUUA